CUGCGGGCCGCGGGCCGGCACAGAGGACGGCGCAUGAGUGCAGGACUCUGCUGGUGUCUACUCAAGUGCCGACCUGGCCGGCCAGCAAUUCCUAGGGCGUUUGUAAGUGUUGGGGGACCUGACGGCCCCUGCACGGCCCCCCUGGAGGCAUCCCCGAGACACCCUUUCCCAAGCUGUGCGACGAAGGCAUCAGCGUUUCUCAAAAACAUCGCCGGAGGCGUCUAGUUUGGGGGAGAUGCUGGCGGCAGUGAAAACGUAAACAGCUGUCCCAGCUUUACAGUGCCCCUUUGAGGGCCUGACCUGAUUUCCUGUACAGCAUCCCGAUUUCCAGCCCCUCGGGGACACAGCCAAACAUCCUCUCGCCCACCGUGGAAGCUCCUCUAUUGUCCUCCCAAGAGGACAGUGAUCUGGGGGAGGCCACCUGGUCCUUUUAGUCAUGAUGGCAGAGACGGUGCCCCCAAGCCAGGGGUCCCCGGACUGGUCCAACAAUAGCGUCAAUAACCUGUUGUGUGGCCGGAAGCUGAUGGCUUUGGGGGUUGUGCUUGGCUGGCUUCUGAUCAUCCACCUUCUGGUCAACGUGUGGCUUCUGUGGCUUCUGUCUGCAUUGCUAUUGGCGCUGGGAGGAUGGCUGGGCUCCAACGCCAUUGUGGGCAGUACAGGGCGACUGCACCUGGAACGUUUCAUCCCCAUAGCCAUCAGCCCUCCAAGCCCCGAGGCAGAGAGGCAGCUGGAACAGGAGAUCAAUCGUACCAUCCAGAUGAUUAUGCGGGACUUUGUGUCAUCCUGGUAUCGCUUAGUGAGCCAGGAGCCAGCCUUUGAGGAAGAGAUGGAGGCCGCCAUGAAGGGGUUGGCCCAGGAACUCCGAAAGAGAAUGGGCAUGGUGGACAGUCAUGCCCUUGCGCAGAGGAUUCUGACUCUCUGUGGUUGUCACCUGCAGAGCUAUAUCCAGGCAAAGGCGGUCACUGCAGGGAAGCCUCAUAGUUCACUUGAGCCCUCUCAGCUCUGGGAAGCUUACUGCCAGACAACUCCCCCACAUCCUGCUAUGCAGAGCCCCAGCACUGAGGUCACCUACACUCGUGGCAUUGUGGAUGUGUUGCUUCAAGGACUGGUCCCUAAGCCGCAUUUGGAAACCCGAACUGGACGCCACAUAGUAGUUGAACUCAUUACUUGCAAUGUAAUCUUACCACUGAUCAGCAAACUCUCUGAUCCUGACUGGAUCCACCUUGUCCUCGUAGGCAUCUUUUCCAAGACCAGAAAUGAUCCGGCCAAAAAGAUGGAACUGACCUGCCCAGCCAGUGCCCUGGAAGAGACCUCAGGGCCCACAGCUCUGCCACUGAUUACUGAAGUAGCGAGUCUGCCAGAGGGAAGAGCGCCUUUUCCAGCACCAACCCCAGCACUCUUACACUGGAGUGAAGUAGACGGACCAUCAGACUCCACCCCAGAGGUGGAAGAAGGCCAUGAAGCGACAGAGGGAGAUUUGGGUGGCAUUCCAGAAGAAAGAAAAGUGGGGAACAAUGCAACUCAUUUUCUGCAUCCAGAUACUCGAGGGCCCCUGUUCUUAUGUGAAGACUCAGAGCUGGAAUCUCCUCUCUCAGAACUGGGCAAAGAAACCAUCAUGCUCAUGACGCCAGGCAGCUUCCUUCCUGACCAGCUCAGAGAUGCCUUGUGUGCCCUAGGGGGAACCCAGGCUCUGGAGCCUAAAGAUAGUGAGGGAUUGGAGGGAAUUGAAGGAGGAGAAGCUGAAGAGGAUCCAAGGACAGACACAGAGUCAAACCUGCUGGCCUCCAUGCUGAAAACCUGCCCACAGAUCCAGAUUGACACAGCAGACCAGACAGUAGAACAAGGAAAUGUCACUGCGCUUACAGCUUUGCCACAGGGGUCAGAAGUCACAUCCCUCCCACGACCCUUCUACUUAGAGAAGGAUUUCACAAAUGAUGUGAGCUCCCUCAAUACUAAUUUGCCGAAGGUUCUGCUUUCCACCUCUCCACCCAACUCUCUUGGCUCAGCCACCUUCAGCUUUGAAUCCCUCAGCAGUCCAGAUGCCCCAGUUGUCAUCCAGAACCUUCGAAUCACUGGCACAAUUACUACCCGAGAGCACAGUGGCACUGGAUUCCACCCAUACACACUCUACACUGUGAAGUAUGAGACAUCUCUUGAUGGUGAGAACACCAGUGGUCUAAACCAGUUGGCCUACCACACUGUGAAUCGCCGGUACCGGGAGUUCUUGAAUCUGCAGACCCGACUGGAGGAGAAACCAGAUCUACGAAAGUUCAUCAAAAAUGUGAAGGGUCCUAAAAAGCUCUUUCCAGAUCUUCCCUUUGGAAACAUGGAUAGCGACCGAGUAGAAGCACGCAAGAGCCUCCUGGAAUCAUUCUUAAAGCAACUCUGUGCUGUUCCCGAGAUUGCCAACAGUGAGGAGGUGCAGGAGUUCCUCGCGCUCAAUACAGAUGCCCGUAUUGCCUUUGUCAAGAAACCUUUUAUGGUCUCCAGAAUAGACAAGAUGGUGGUGAGUGCUAUCAUGGAUACCUUGAAGACAGCAUUUCCUCGCUCUGAGCCCCAGAGCCCCACAGAAGAACUAAGUGAGGCUGAGACAGAAAGCAAGCCUCAAACAGAAGUCAAGAAGGCUAACAAGUCCAGAUUGAGGUUUGCAUCCAGUAAAAUUGCCCCCACCUUGAAUGUCACUGAAGUACACGAGAAGGUCCUCUAUUGUCUCCGUGAGGGCAACAUGGACUCGGAGAUCCUGUCCCUGUCUGGAAUGGAGUCCUUUCUUCAUAAACAGAGCAAAUUAUUAGAAAUGCAGCCCGAGGAAGCCCCAGAAAAAGAUCCUAAAGGAAGUGUGGACGGUUGCUUAUCAGACAUAACUGUGCCAGCCCACGACCUCAGCAACAGUGAGCCAGGGCAAGAGACGGAGUUGGCUGAUGCAGCCCUGAAUCUGCUCCUCUUGCUGCUCAUGGAACAGUGGAGAUGGCUGUGCACUGAAAACAUGCAGAAAGUUCUUCAUCUGAUCUUUGGAACCCUAAUUGAGAGGUGGCUGGAGAUCCAGGUGGCUAAUCUAACCUGUCCCCAGCGCUGGGUGCAGUACCUGCAGCUUCUUCAGGAGUCCAUAUGGCCUGGGGGACAUUUGCCUCAGUUCCCUCGCCCUGUAAGGACCCAAGAGCAGAAGGUGGCUGCUCAGAAACAGGCUUUGCAGAGCCUAAUGGGAGUCCUUCCAGAUAUUGUAGUAGAAAUCCUUGGCGUAAACAAAUGCCGCCUGAGCUGGAGCCUAGUCUUAGAAUCACUACAGCAACCCCUCAUCAACAGGCAUUUGAUUUAUUGUCUGUGGGACAUCAUCCUGGAAUUCCUGGAUCUCAAAGCCUCUGUUGAAGAGUCUCCCAUGACCACGUCUGCUUCAGAUACACCAGGCAGCCCCAAGCGGAUGGGGGUCUCCCCUUAAUUCUGCAGGCCAUGUACUUCUUGGAGGUUGGGAAAGGACAAUUAUCCAGCCACGCAGAGACCAGUCAGGAAGCCUGUGGUCUCUGGGACUGAUCUGUAGUUCAGAAGUCCUAGAGUGGCAUUGACACAACUCUCCCCCAGUCCUCCUCCAUCUGAAUCGUAGGUGACAGGUGGGAUAUGUGGACCAAUUAUAUGCAUACUCAUUUCUAAA